AUGGUCCUUCUGCUGGCUCUGGCUCUGUUGCUGCUGUUUGUGCUGUCUCUCUGCUCUGUUCUGGGUGUGGGUGAGGUGCUCGAGGGCGCUAGUGACGCUCACGUACAGCUUGCUGCAUGGGUCCGAAUCGGGAUGCAGCUGAUCGCGCGUCAUCUUACCGGCCUGCGACGAGUGCGAUUAGCCCUCGCUAUCUAUCUUCCUCCAUGUUCACCUCCUUAUCAAACCCUCCAUCAUCAUCAUCAUCACAUGGUCUCGUAUCUCGCCCAUGCCCGGUGGUCCCCCGCCAACGGCACACCACCUCAGCACGCCAUCUUCCACCAUCUACACAUCGUCUCUAGUCAUGCAGCUGCGUGUGCCGCCUCACGAUCUGACCGGUCGCACAAGAUGGCCGGCUUGUCUGGGCCUAAUCUGUAUACACCCGUCGUCGGUCAGUUGCGGCGAGGCACCAGCGACAAGUGA